GUCUGUGGCAUUACCAAUCGAGCGUCCCUAAACUACAAUGAAGUUGCUAAGUAUCGUCGUGGUCGCAUGGGCCGUCAUCGGAUCAGCUUACGGCCAGACUACUGUCAACGGUGUUGAUGCUGUACCUGGCUCUCUGAUUUUUUCAGAUGACUUUGAUAAACUAGACUUUACAGUUUGGCAACAUGAGAAAACCAUGUCAGGUGGCGGAAAUUGGGAAUUCCAAGUUUAUGACAACUCCCGCAGCAACAGCUUCACAAAGGACAGCAUCCUACACAUUAAACCUACCUUGACUGAAGAUCGUUACGGCGCAGGUUUCGUAAAUACCGGAACUCUGGAUCUGAACGGAGGUGCCCCAGCUGACGAGUGCACGAACCCAUCGUUCUAUGGUUGCUCGCGUGGAGGAGGCAAUACCAUCAAUCCCGCUAUGGCAGCACGUAUCCGUACCGUCAACUCCUUCUCGUUCAAAUACGGACGCGUUGAAGUGAACGCCAAGAUGCCUACUGGUGAUUGGUUGUGGCCUGCCAUCUGGAUGUUGCCACGUCACAACGCCUACGGAACAUGGCCCGCUUCAGGAGAAAUCGAUUUGGUCGAGUCCCGAGGAAACCUUCGUUUGAUGCAAAAUGGAGUCAACAUUGGUGUAGAACAAGCCGGACAAACGCUUCAUUGGGGUCCCUAUUGGCCUUACAACGGCUACGGUAACACUGCCUGGACCAAAAGUUCGACUCCAGGCUACAACAGUGCUUUCCAUCGCUACCAACUUGAAUGGACGCCAGAUUACUUGAAGUUUAGCAUUGAUGAUGUUGAAACCGGAAGAAUUACACCUGGUGCUGGUGGCUUCUGGGACUUGGGUGUUUCUACCGGAGCAUUCCCAGCUGAAAUUGAGAACCCAUGGCGAUUCGCUACUAAAAUGGCUCCUUUCGACGAAGAGUUUUACCUAAUCAUCAAUUUGGCUGUCGGCGGAACUAACGGAUUCUUCCCAGAUGAUGCUGUCAACGAGGGAGGUGCUCCCAAGCCAUGGACAAGUACUUCCGGCAACGCUCUUGGAGAUUUCUGGAAUGGACGUGCCGGUUGGUACCCAACAUGGCAGGCCGCCGGCGAGGAAGCUGCUAUCCAAGUCGACUACGUCAGAGUCUGGGCCUUGUAAAAUGGGUUAAUGUUUUCCUAUUUUUUUCAUCAUAUGAAUUGUGUGUAUCUGUAACGCACAAAUAAACCAGCAUUACAUAAUCA